UACAGGUAUAAGUACAGGUUGCCAGUGCUACAGAGCAAUAUUGUUCUUGAUACCCUUGCUAUAUUCUUUUUCUUUUGGUUCUAGUUCUUUUCUUCAUUCAACGUUUUAAUGACUGAUCUACCUCCCCUCGCUGCGGUUCCACCACCCGCGGUCCGGAUUACGCUACAAGAGGCCGAGUGGGAAGCAUGUAUAGAUGCAUGGACGAUGCUUCUGGGAAUCCGGAUAGGCUCGCCAUCAAAAAUAUUCCAGGAUGUUAUACCAAAGGAUGAGUCUACUGUCUUUUUCCUAUCCUCUUUCUACAACCAACUGGCCACCUCGGGGGAAGCAGGUCUAAAGCUGGGACCAAAAGGACGAGCACUUCGAAAGCUAUCCUUCUUGCUCACAAGACGUAUACUACUAGAUCUAUCUUCACCACCGGUAGAUCUACUCUCUUGGAACUUCCUGGGCAACUUUUGCUGUUGUUAUUCGUCUAGUGCAGCCCUGAAACGCUUACUAUCAGAUGCAUGGGAUAAACACCAUGAAACCAUCACAGUCAGCGUUGAGAAGGCGAAAUCCUCAGUCAUCAAACAACUCAUGAACAAGAAGACUUCUGAUGCCCCCGCUGUCAAUGCGGAUAUCUGCACGUUGACGAUUCUGGCCUCGACUUUACCUGCAUGUGGUCAGGUGCUUAUGGCGGGUUCUGACUACCUCGAUACCCUCUCAGAUGCAUAUCAAGCGCAACCCAGAGAGGCUCUGCGGAGGGUUUUCGUUGCCAACAUUUACGUUGGGUUAACAUCGUUACUGAAGUCGAAGCCGAACCUUUCGUCUCUCUUGGAUCAGCUCUUUGGUCUCAAGGCGACUGCGGGGGUUGGCACGCCAAAGACAAGAAAAGAGCCUACACUGCUCUCUGACUUGAUUUGCAGUUCUGAUUUGCUUGCUCGUCUAGAGAAAUAUCUCUCAGACCACCCGCAGAAACGCGGGGAGGAUCUAGUAUCCAGUCUGCGAACAUAUCAAACAGAAUCGAGGGUGUUCCAUCAUCGCUAUCAAAAGAAGAAAAAGACGGUCGAGAAGGGCAAGGACCGAGACGCACCUGUAUCUAGUGGUGAAGAGCUGCACGCACACAGGAUGUCUCUCGUCACGCAAAUCCAAGAUCUCUUCCCAGACCUGGGAUCAGGAUAUGUCAUCCGACUACUGGACUACUACGGCGAUAACCCUGAAACAGUGGUUGCACACCUUCUCGACUCUUCUCUCCCUCCUGAACUCCAAUCCCUCGACCAAACUGAAGAUCUCUUCAUUCCACAAUCCAUCAUCAACCCUGAUCCCAUGGCACCAAACUCACCACCUCCCGAGAUCGCUGAAGCGGAUGAAUCAUUCGCACGUAAGAAUAUCUUCGACAAUGACGUGGACCUCGCAGAACUCGCCCACUCUAACGAUCCAGCUGCCCGCAGCAAACUCCGUUUCGGUCGCGAAAACGACCUCACAGCCGACGACAUCCUCGCAGACCGCUCCAAGCACGCUGCUAAUAAGGCAGCUAUCAUCUCCGCCCUGGCGACCUUCGACUCUGACGAUGAUGAACGCGAUGAUACGUAUGACGCCGCUGACGUGGGCGGUACCGUUGACACUGUCCCCGCCAGCACAGACGCCGAGGUAGAAGCGCAAAACCGUCGCACCACGGCUGAGGAUUUGGACCUCUCCCUGUUUAAAUCUUACAGAUCGAAUCCUGGACUGUUUACACGCGACUCAGCCACCCGCCGCUCCCAACCACGGACGUCGUUGAAGGGCGAGACGGGAAUGACUGAUGAGGCGAUCGAGGGAUGGGCGGUUAUGCUGCAGCGCGAUCCGAAACGUCUGUCGAAACUCGAGGAUAGACUCGCACUUUCGGCUGGAACGCCGGGUGGAGCUAUGGCGCAGCCCGAAUUAGCGCCCACAUCGUACAGAAAGCCGCGUGCUGAUGAAGAGUCGGAAGAGAGUGAUGCACAUGGUGGUUUUGGAGGUAGAGGCCGGGGACGUGGCCGUGGGGGCCCAAGAGGUGGUGGACGUGGUCGCGGUAGAGGCGGUGGUAGAGGGGGUGGUGCUUCUGGGGAACAGAGUACGGCUGCUUCUCGCCAACGGAAAGAAGAGAAUAAGAGUAGUAGGGCGAAUCAUAACCGGAGGCAGCAGAGGGCUAGGAAGAUUGCGAGGGGUGGUGGCUUGCCUGGGUGAUUGCUGGAUAUUAUAAUGUUGCAUUAAUGAAGCGUUUACCUUUAUUCAGAGAAUAGACGAUUGCUACUUAUAGAUACAUGCAUUGGCGGCGAUAUAUAUCACCUAUUUUUAUACAUUACUACUAUAUCGUACGC